AUGUCGUCGACAGCGAUAGCUGUAUCAGACAUUGAUGUCAAACUCGAUUGUCUCGGAUCGCCAGUGUCAUGUAGUGUUCGACCAUAUUCAAGCAUACAUAGCGAUACUGACACAAAAUCUGUAGGUUCAAAAUCAGUUGGUUCACGUACUUCAAAAUUAACUUAUAGUGAAUAUCCACAAGUGAGACCAACUAAUCCACUCUAUGCCAGUACAUUCACAAUUCGAACGUAUUCAUCGGCUGUUUCGAAGGCAUCAAGUACAGCAACAGUUGUAGAGCGUCGAAAAAAAUUUGAUCCACAAUUACCAAAACGUCCGGAAGAUUGGCGUUGGUUCUCUAUUCUUUGUAUUUUUCUUUUUCCACCAACAGGUGCUUUCGCGUUUGCCUUAGCUCGUAAGGCACAAAUUAAAUGUAAAGAUGGUUUUCUUGAUGAAUCACGUAAAUUAAAUAGACGAGCUCUGGCUUUAUGCAUCGUUAGUGUGAUCGGUGGUGUUACUCUUAUACUUGGACUCUUGUUUGGUCUGGAUUCGUGGCCACGAUCAAACGCUCAACUUAUUAUGGAUGUAAACGAAAAUAAAACAAGUUAUUAUUGUAGCAGCGGAUCAUUCGACCUGCCUAAAGUCGAUGAACAAGCUGCUAAAAUGAUGUCUGCGGCAGACAACAAAGGAAAAUCAUUCAUCAUCAGAUACUUCAAAUGGAAAUACGCAGAGUUUAGUGGCAACCAAAUCAAUUGA